UAAGACAUUUCGGUUAUAGAAAUGUAAUCAACCACAAUAUUGAUGUAACCAACCGCUGAACCAAGCUAAAGAAAUCGAACCGAAUAACCCAGGGGAAAGAAAUGGUUUUAGUUUAAAAGAAAAAAUGACCGGAGGAGGUGUGAGAAGUUAUGGCGGCGGAGGAUCAGCUACCGGAGACAUUGAAACCCUUCUUUCACAGAGCCACCGAAGCUCAGGAACGAUUAGCUAGGCUUGAAGCUGCUCUUGCCUCCACCAAGACAGAUGUUCCAGAUGCGGAACUUGUGGAAAAGAUCACUCAAAUGCAGUCCAAACUCGAAGAAGCUAACAAGACGGUGAAGCAAGAAAAGGAUAAGGUGGAGAAACUUACCUCUGAAAACGAGAAGCAACGGUACCGUAUCUUGCAUCUUGUCCGCGCACUCGAGCAUGCUGAUGAGAAGCUUGAGAAACUCUCUAAAUGAUUUGAACCUUUGUCUUUGAUUGUAAUGCGUUUCUUAAACAUCUUUACCAAAGGUACUCAUGAUUCAAUGGUAUCAGAAAUUAUCGGUUUGGGAAAUAAA